AACAGUUGACAUUUCCCAAGCAACAACCAGGAAGAGAAAGAGUACUCCUAAGAACGGAAAAUUUCAGCGACUCCCCCCAAACAUAGCCACCCCCUGAAUCCCCUUCAACCACCUUACCAAAAACCCCAUUACAAAAUCAGAAAUCAGAACUUUGAAUCACUUUCAUCUUCUUUCUCAGCUUUAGACCACAACAAUGGAGACGGAGAAAAACCCAUCAAAUGGUAAACAAAAAUUAGAUGAGACCGAAGAAGAAGACGACCAAAUUGAGCUUGUCCUCUUUCAUGUCCCCGAAUGCUAUGUCUACAUCAUACCCCCAAGGAAAACUGCUGCUUCAUACAGAGCUGAUGAAUGGGAUGUAAAUAAAUGGGCAUGGGAAGGAGUCUUGAAAGUUAUUAGCAAAGGAGAGGAGUGCAUAAUCAGACUUGAGGAUAAGUCAACAGGUGAACUAUAUGCUCGGGCUUUUUUGAGGAAAGGAGAGCAACAUCCUGUGGAGCCUGUAAUUGAUAGUAGCAGGUACUUUGUCCUCCGAAUAGAAGAGAACAUAGGUGGUCGCCUUCGACAUGCUUUUGUUGGGAUAGGGUUUCGAGAGAGAACUGAAGCUUAUGACUUCCAAGCUGCUCUGCAUGAUCAUAUGAAGUAUCUUGAUAAGAAGAAAACUGCUGAAGAAAUGGAGUAUCAGUUCCAGAAUUCUUCAACGGUUGAUUACAGUUUGAAAGAUGGAGAGACCCUUGUUCUUCAGUUGAAAAAUAAACCUGGUGGCAAUAUAAAGCUGAAAUCCAUCGAUCAGGGUGUGAACAACCUUUCAAUUACGGAAAAAAGUAAACCUAUAGAGCCUGCCCUUGCUAUUAAACCACCUCCUCCUCCACCAGCGACUCUGUCACCAACUACUUCUCCUAAAACACCUAGAUCUCCCAAGACUAAUACUGGUAAAAAUUUCGAAGUAGAGAAAGAAGAUCCCAGCAAAGAGCAGCCUCAACCUGAUUUAAAAUUGAAGGACUCUCAAAAUUCAGAAGAUGUAGCAGAUGAUGACUUUGGGGAUUUUCAGGCUGCUGACUGAUUUUGUUAUUAUGUAAAAACUUUUGUUUAUAAUCAGUAUAAUUGUUUCAACCUAGUUUGGUGUAUAUGAUGUUGUGUUCCAUAGACAAUGCUCAUACAAACUCCAUAUGAAGUUUUUCGUACAUACUUUCCUGCCUGGCAGGGAAACGAAAGUGAUGUGUCGUGAGAGUCGCGUAUAGAGAGUUGUUGAUAAGGCUUUUCUGCUUGGUGUUACAUUGUGAAUUUCUUGUUCAUGCAGCUGUUUGUAUAAAUUAAAUCCGUUCUUUGUCUUCGCUACC